AUACAUUGUUUAAAGUACUGAACUACAUUUUUAAGUACCCUAAAACCGAAUCUGAUUCAAGGCCAAUGAGCCAAAUAUUCAAUAAUGCCUAUGAAUAUUUUUGAGAGAUCUUUAAACAAAUCAACAGUUUUAGACUCGCCGUGAAAAGAAGUUCGCGUCUAUUGAAUAAUUUUUUUGAUUAAUUUUCGGAUGUCUUGAUAUUAAUGCUGUGAUUUCAAUAAUCUGGAAAAAAUGGAGCGACUACAAAGAAAGCUAGAUGGCCGUUCGUUUGAAAAACUUACUGGAUUAACAUGCCAUGUUCAAAAUUGUGGCAUGCUUGUUAAAGGCUAUAUCGACGAGCUCAAACACCAUUUUGUGACGAGUCAUGGAUUAAGAACGGGUUUGCAAGCAGAGUACCCUUUUAAAUGUUCCUUGUGUGGAUCCUUAUACUCAUACUUUUCAAGUUUUAAACUGCAUAUAUUGUCGAAGCACCCUAUAUCAAGCUUUGACUUGCAAAUAGAUGAUGAGUACAGUAUGAUUAUGAGUACAGAGCAUCAGCAAAGUACAAAUGAGUGCAUCAAUGAAUUAGGAAUAGAAAACCCAUAUUUCCAUAAGGAAUCCGUAUCAUUGCGAGAUUUCACUAAUGCUGUAUCUACAAUUAUAACAAAUUUAAGAUGCGAUGUAUCUCUUCCAGAGGCCAAACUAAAACUAUUCAUUGAUGGAUAUGUACUCAUGCUUGAGUGGGCUCAACUAUAUACCAUGUCGAAACUAAAAUUAUACCUAACUACUAAAAAUUUACUACAAUGUAAGGAUACCGUUCGAUUUAUCAACGAAUUGCAAAUUCCUGAUUUAACGCAGGACGUUAAGUGUCCAGAAGAUAAUAUUGCCUAUUUAUCUGGGAAAAUUGGAUGCUCAGUACCAGAACCGGUCGAAAUUGUUUUGGGAAAAGAAAAGAAAAUAAAGUAUGUUCCAAUUUGUCGCUCAAGAGGGAGAAAGUUUCAGCGCACAUUUCAAAAGAAUGAAUUCAUUAGAAAGAUCAAGAUCCGGAAAGAUGUAUUUCAUUAUAUAUCGGUCCUGGAAACACUUAAACUCAUUAUGUUCAAUUCUAAGGCAAGAUUGAUGGUCGAAAACGAAUCAACAAGCGUAGAGAAUACACUCGAAACUUUCAAAGACGGUACUCACUUUCAAUGUCAUUCCUUUCUGCAGCUUCAUCCACAUUGUCUAAGACUCUCGAUUCACAUUGAUGAGGGAGAGUAUGCUAAUCCACUGGGCUCACGCAAAGGCAAAAAUAAAAUGACUAAUAUUUGUUUCAAAAUUGGAAACUUUGAUCCUCGAAUCAAUUCUUCUCUGGAUCGCAUUUAUUUGGCUCUGAUGGUGAAAUCAUAUGUGCUUAAAAAAUAUGGGUACAAAAAAGUAUUACAACCUCUUAUUGAAGACUUUUCUCAAUUGGAAUCAGACGAAGGAAUUCCAAUUAAAACAGAGUCUGGUGUAUGGAUUAUGAGAGCAGUGUUAGUUCACGUUCUUGGUGAUACAUUGGCAUUGCACGAUAUAUAUGGUAUGUCGGGACCGUCUGCUAAUAUGUUUUGCAGAAUUUGUGAAAUAAGUAGAAAUAACUUGAUAUCGGGAAAUUUUGGCGGUAAUUUUUAUAUUCGAACAGUUGAAUCUGUCCAAAACGCUUUAAUUUCUUCAAAAGAUGGUCAACAAUCAUCAGUUCUGUAUGGAAUUAAAACUAGUUGUGCUCUUCAUUUAUUAAAGUACUUUAGAUGGCCAAAUAGCCAAACAUUAGAUCCAAUGCAUGAUAUUUUGGAAGGUAUUGUUCCAAUGAUAAUUAAAAAAAUACUAUGGGAGGCAGUAUACAGAAGCAAAAUAAUUACUGAACAUGAAGUGAAUCAGUUAAUCGAUAAUUUUGAGUAUGGAGAAGCUGAGAUGAGAGACAAACCUUCAACAAACUUUACCAAACUUAGUUUAAAAAGUAAAACUAACAACUUAAGUCAAUCAGCAGCUCAAUGCUGGCUCCUAUUACGUAGUUUUCCUUUUAUAUUUCACGAAAUUUUAAAGCACAAUGAGAACCAUAGAGAGAUUAUAGCAGCAUUACUUAAUAUUACUUACAUUAGUUUUUCACACAAAUUAUCUUCAGAAAUGAUUACAUGCCUGUCAGAUUCAGUCACAAAAUUUCACAAACUGUUUCGAAUCUGUUUUCCGACUACAAAUGCCAUAAAUAAGAUUCAUCACAUCAUUCAUUACGCUCAAGUUUGUCGGGAGAAUGGUCCAAUUGCUCACUUUAGUUGUAUGAUGUUCGAAGCCAAAUUCAAAAAAUCAAAUGCUCAAAGUAGAACUUGCAAUAAUUUUAAAAAUUUGUCUCUUAGUUUAACAAAACGACUAAAUUUAAAACAAAUCAAUUCCAUAUCGAAACAUAGCUAUUUUGCUGAUAGACCAGUCAUCUUUAAUUAAGAAAUGUGCGUUUGACACUUCAUUAUUACUAUUCGAUCUACCUACUGAAUUGAAAACAAUUGAUAAGCUUGAGAUCAAUGGUAUACUUUUCUCUCCAGGAUUUGUUGUGAAAUACAAAAAAUGUCAUACACAAUCUUACGGGUUAAUUUUAGCAAUGAUUGAGUAUGAUUCCGAUAUAUUGUUCAUUAUACAAGAAUUAAAUACCAUUAAAUUUGAUUCACUCCUUUUUGCUUACAAAGUGACUUUCAUCUAAUGUAAUAAGAACUUCUUCCGAAAAUGUACUGUGUAGAAAAUGCUACAGCUUGUGGCAGUUAGGAGAUAACAUGGAAGGUUUUCAUUAUAUAAGUAUGAAAUAUAAAGAUAGCUAAAAAUGAUUGUAAAACUAUAUUGUCAAAUAAA